AUGCCCUUGCGCCACCUGAAGCGCGUGCGCGUGCAAUUCAACCCGCUCGAUCCUCGCAGCACGGCUGCGCGCGAGUUCCUCGCCCGCGUCACCACGGCGAAGGCGGCGAAAUCCAACCCCGAGUGCGCCGUCGAGCCGCGCGUGCGCAACGACGCCGCGCCGCCGGUCGUCGCGGUGGAGUUCGCGAGCGGCGCGCGCGAUCAGUUUAACGUCCAUCGCAUGACCGUGGACGAUAUCGCGCGAAGGAUCAAGACGGUGAGCGAUCAGAUGGCGGUGAAGCAAUCCCUCGCCGAGGCUGGGUUGAAGCUUGAAGACUUGAGGUUUGACGUGCGCGGGACGUGA